AUGGCUGUGGUGACGACAGAGGAGAACCUUCUGGUGGACUUCACGAGGCUUCAACGAUGCGAUCGUUCGUCGUGGCAUUCUAGCAAUAGAAAUGCACAAGGCAUGGAUGUAACGAGUUUACACUUACAAACUCGUCUGAGCUACUAUCACGGUAGGAUGCUGUUCCAAAGCCCUAGGACGCCUGCAGGCACAUGGCAUGCGAAGCAAACCAAGGAGGCAGCAGAGCUUUUCAUAGCAGCGCUCGAGUACAAUCAGUUGAGCUGUGAAGAAGGCUUCUACAGGCUUGACAAGGAUCAGGAUGGGUUUGUCUCUUUUGAGGAUCUGGUGGAGGGUGCAGAGGAGCUUGACCUCGGGGUCACAGUUGAAGACAUCAGAUCACUACAUCAGGAAAUGGACAUGCACGGGGACGGUCUUGUAGAGCUUGACAGCUGGAUGAAGCUGCUGUGGAGAAAGAAUGCUCGAGACAUCAUGCUGGAUAAGAUCGGCCAGCCUGGCGGGGUUGUAUCAUCAGCGCAAUAUGAGAGGGAGAGCAGAGCUGGCAUGAAAGCUGAUGCUUCAGACCUUGAUCUGCCCAUAUCUAGCACAGACAGGAAAUUGGGCAAAAAGUGGACGAUGACCGAGAACGAGAGUCCGGAUUUGAUUUCAGACCAGAAAGAAGUUGAAAGCAUGCGGCUAUCAGAAUCAGGCAAAGAGCCGCAGAGUGACAUGUUCAAGAGUCUUGAGGAAGCUGCAGCAGAGGCGGCUGGACAACCUGCGCUUAAGGUUGUGGGGAGAGAGGAGGGAAUGACUUCGAAGCAAGAUGAAACAGAGCAAGUGAUGAUCGAGGAAAGUACCGUUGAGGUAGAGCAGAGGGGGGAAGAGCAGAGUAAGACCUCGAGCAGGAGUCGGGGAGAACAGAUAAGGGCAUUGAGCAAACCAACGGAGGAAAGUUCGCUGUCGUCUGAUGAAGAGGAGCAGGAGCAGGUAGCAAGGCCAAUGCCCAUGAUCGAGAAGGACGAUGAGCAGAGAGAGGCUGCGAGUUGUUCGAGUGGCGAUGGUGAGAGGAGAUUGAAGGAUGUAGAGAGCGGCGGGGGAGGAGCGAUGGGAGAGGGGAGAAUAGGAGGCGUUAAUGCGACGAAAGCAGCAGAAACGAUGGAAGGGAGAGACGUAGAUCAUCAUGAAUUGAAUGCUCGGGCCAUCAUCCCUUCGGCGAUCCAGCCAGAUACAACUAGCGAUCAAGCAGCUCCGGGCGAGACUCCAAGGCUCAGUGUAAAGGAGUGUGAAGAAGCCUCCGACAUGCUGAGAGCGACUGGACAACAUGAUCGUGGAUGCUGCAGUGGCGAUGUUCUGAUCGUUCAGCCUGUUCUUCACCGAACUCAGGAAAUCCCCGUCUUGGACAAGGAGUUUGCAACCUUGGUCCAGGCUGUGUCGACCAUUGCACAGACCUUGGGGCUGAAACCAUCGGACGCGUGCUUGAAGCACGUCAACGUCACUGGCUCCCAAGUGAUCCUUGAGAUCCAUGUCAGCGUGCAGGGGGUGCGGGAGACCGAGCGGUCGGGGAGGGCAAAUCUUGAGUUUCAUCUCUUCAAGCUUCUGUUGGCAGAUGUCGAGAGCGAGCACAGCAAGCUUUUGGGAGCAGACGGACUGUGCUGGAUGGAGGAGAUCGUUGUCCGCGGCUCCGAGGAGAGCUCCUACAUGCUACGCAUCCCAUCACACCGCAAGAGAAGAAACCAGUCAGCCUCAUCGUCGUCAUCGUCGUCGUCAAAGGUUGAUGCCACAGCAAGUAGAGCUGCCAUGACCCUCCCCGAAGCCGCACCAGAGUCGAGCAGGAGUAGCAAGUACAAUCUCCGCACCCGAGUGGGAGGAUCAGCGGGAGAUAUAAUCAGCGGGUGA